AAUGUCUGUUUGAUGGGAUGUACAGGCAUCGUUUCUUAGCCCUCUUACGGCAUUCAUCUCAAUAUUGGAAAGCAGCAGCCGUAUCGAGGGGAAUUUCACUGAGAAAACUUGGUACUGGAUCUGUUGUAGGUGUGCUGUUUUACACUGCUGCUGCAAAAUCUAUCCCAGAGAAACAAGAUAAACAAGACAAUUUCUACAAAAACACUGCGUUAAGGAGACAGUUUAGGUCUUAUGCAUCGCUGUGUUACAAUGAUGAACCUUUUAUGACAGGAGAGGACUUUGUCAAAGCAGUUUCGGGCAUUGAACAGCGUAAUGAGGAACCUGACAGCGUAAUGAGGAACCUAUCUGAAGAAGAAUACCAGAACGUUCUCUCAAAAGCUCUUCAGUUGGAUUUGGAUAGUGAAUACUUUUUGGGGAGAUCAGAUUAUAUAAUCUCAUAUUCAGAAUUCUUGUUUCUACUCAGUGCACUGGAUAAGCCUAUAGAUCAGUUCUACCGACACUUCAGAAUCCUUGACAGAGCAAACUCAAACACCCUCUCAAAAGAAGAGUUCGUGAGUAUGGAAAAUUUGAUGUCUGGAGGCGGGGUUGUGGACCCUUGUGUUAACGCUACUACUAGUAUGCAGAUCAUCUUGUUCGGUAGUGAUCAGGAGCAGGAGGUUGACUUUGAAAAGUUUUCCAAGUUCCUACACUGUGUACAGAGACAAUGUUUAAAGGCUGAGUUUGAUGCUUAUUCUGACGGACUGGACUUUAUCACAGAUGAUGAGUUCAUGAGAUUGCUUUUGAGAAGAACCUGUAUACCUGAUACCAAAAAAGCUAGGUACAUAGACAGGUUGGAAGCGAGACCAGAAGAGGAAAGACACAAAAUAGUCUUCAGUCAAUUUAGUCAGUUCAUGAACCUACUUAACGACUUUCCUGAUUUUGAGGUAGCAAUAAGAAUGUACGCAAUAACGAAGAAGGCGCUGACAAAGAAAGAUUUCCAGCGGGCAGUGAAAGCAAGUACUGGUUCAGAGUUUGAUGAAGAUCUGGUGGAUGUUAUUUUUGAUGUGUUUGAUGAAGAUCACGAUAACAAACUUGGUCAUGAUGAGUUUAUUGAGGUAAUGAAGGACAGUAUUAAGUCCCGUAAUGCGCUCUCUUCAAAUGCGCUGCACGUGCCCAACGCUACUACCCGGGAAAAGAUAAUGAACUGUGUACGACACAACAUGUAUAAGGGUUACGCUAAUUAAGGAGAUAAUUACAUGCUAAUUGAGAGAUAAUUACUGUUUUUUAGCCACUUAAAUUCGUUACUUUUCCUACUGAAAUGAGGGUUAACAAAUUUAAGUUUGAAUCUUCUGAAAAGACUACAAAAGGAGUUGUAAUGUUAUUGAAACCUGAUAUUUACGAGUUAAGAACAAAGACCCACGUGACUGUUUAGAUUUGGGAUUUGUUUACUUGUAACGUUGUGAUUAGCUCGUUGUGUUAAGAUCUUAGCAUUCCUUCAGUUUGUAGAUUUAAGAUGCACGUGUUUUCACAAAAUGUGUAUUUACUCAUAAGUCAUACGGUAGUAGUUAGAAUGUGAUUUUUUGUUAUUUGUUAAGGAAUUCCUUAUUUCUCCAUACAUGAGUUACAGUAUAUAAUAUGAUAUGUAAAUGUAGUGAGAUUCUUGAGUGAAACAGCAGCAUAAGAUUUAUUAAUUCCAGAUAUAUGACCAUGCAACUUUAAACAUAAUUUUGUACAAUAAUGUGACUUCCUCAUUAAUCAGUCUAACAAAAACUUAGUUGUUCGUUUUUGCACAUACUUCAGACCAGUUUAUUUGCUUAGAUUAUCUUGAAUCCAAAUUAAAAACAUUACUAAAGAGAUAAGACUUUCUGGGCUGAAAUUUUUAAAUUUUGAUAGGGUAAUCAGAAAAUUAACAGCGUUGGCAUGAUAAGCGGUAAAGUUUGCUAUUGAAAAUAACUUAUGUAAAUCUUGUAGAGUUUUAAAUUAUGUGAUAUCCUAUUGGACAAAUUGUUGAAUCUAUUUUCACUUCUUGUAAAAUUGCAUCUCAACUUUCAACAACAGAAUAUUUCCCUUUGAUUUAGAAGUUCAAAGUAACAGUCAUAGUUACGUAUAU